AUGUCACGUUACGAUAUUGUCUUAUACGGUGCCAGCGGUUUUACUGGGGCUUACGUUCUUAAAUUAUUGCUUGAAGAACAGAAACAACACAAUGUGAGCUUUGCUAUAGCAGGGCGUAGUGAAGUUCGGUUAAAGAAACUGCUCCAAAAUAUAAGUCAAGAAUUGGGCAAAGAUUUGCAAAAUGUUUCUAUAAUUACUGCCAACAGUUAUGAUGAAUCUGCACUCGCAGCAAUGGCGAAUCAAGCAAAGGUCAUCAUAAAUGUUGUUGGUCCUUAUCGAUUGUAUGGAGAAGCAGUUGUAAAGGCUGCUGUGGAAAAUGGUGCUAGCUAUGUAGACAUUUCGGGGGAACCUGCGUUCUUGGAGUCUAUGCAAAUGAAAUAUGGUAGUAUUGCUCAAGAAAAAGGUCUAUAUGUUGUUGGUGCAUGUGGUUGGGAUAGUAUUCCUUGUGAUUUGGGUGUUAAUUUCCUGAAAGAGAAAUUCAGCGGUCAGCUGAAUCAUGUUGAAACAUUCGUCCAACUAAAUACAGGACCUGCGGGUUAUUCAUUCAAUGCGGGCACAUAUCGCACUUUAGUUUUGGGCAUGGCAAAUAUGAUGACUGACGGCUUGGGUAAAAUAAGACGAAGUAUCAUGCCAGAACGCUUACCAAGAAGCUCGUUCCGAGCACCGAAGAGAGGAACUUUUUGGUUUAAUGAGAAGGUUGAUGGUUGGUGUCUUCCGUUUUACGGAUCAGAUAAAAGUGUCGUUACUCGAUCUCAAUAUUUUGACUAUAAGCUCCGCACUGUUUUACCAGUCCAAGUGGAAACAUUUAUUCGAGUCAAAUCGUUUAUUUGGGCUUGUCUACUUUCUCUAUGGCUUGUUGUUUUUUCCGCUGCUGCCAAAAUGUCAUUUAUGAAAAAUUUUUUGCUGGCAUAUCCAGGACUAUGCAGUUUUGGCAUGUUCAAGGAUUCGGGACCUACAGCUGAACAGGAAAAAUCAAUUUCCAGACUUGAAUUUUGA